AUGGAAUCAGCCCUUGCAAACCCACAUGAAGAUAUCGAAAAAGAGGUGUGGCAAUACCUAUGUCAAUUACGGGAUGAUAAGACGUACCAGGUAAUUGUUGAACACACUUGCUGCUUGUACUGGGCUGCUGAUGAUGCUACAGCUGCUGCUAUGGCGGAGGCUGCUGCUAGGCAUGUAGCUGCUGCUGUUACUAAGCAUUUGGGCACAUGGACUCGAUUUCUUUUGAAUAUAUUUUUACACUUCAUGCAGGAGAAAUGUCAGAAAAACAAGGAAAAUCGGUUUGAGCUUAAAGUCCUCCAUACAGCUGGAUCAAAGGCAUUUAGAAAGGGGCAAUACGAUGAGCGAGACAAGGAUGGAAAGGAGCUUGGACUUGUUGAUUUGUAUCACAAGACACACUUUAGUCAGAAAAGGCAAGCAUGGGUCCAUAAUGAAGCUGAAAUUAGACAUAAAAAACUUAAAGAGCGGGAGAAUGAAGCUAUAGAAGAUGGAUCUGGCCCACUAUCUGAUGAGCAGCUUUCCAUUGAGGUGUUUGGGCGUAAGUCUGGCUACAUAAGUGGUUUAGGACGUGGUCCUAAACCUAGUACAACAGCAUCUGGUCGACGUACUCGUGCUGCUCUUGAGAUAGAAAAUGAGGAAACUAGAAGGGAGCUUGAAGAGCAACGGAGAAUCAAUGAGGAACUGAAUGCAAGAGUGCACAACUUGGAGUCUAAUAGCAUGGAGGUCAAUGCCAAGCUUGAUUUGGUGCUGCAACAGAUUAGUCGGGGAGGUUUUACUUCUGAUUUACCAUCAUAGGAUGUCCAAAGGGUGUCACACCUAAGU